GAUAUCCCAUCAUUUGUAAUACCAAGUCUAGAAAAGAUGGAUGCUAAUAUGUUGAGCUUGGAUAUCCCAAGACGAUAUGGAAUGCGCUUGCCACCAGCUGCUGUCCAGUGGUGGAAUAAUUUCUUUGGAAAUGUCAAAGAUCUUGAAAUGGUUCCCAGUGAAAUCCCAGAAUCAUGGAUCUUAUAUGAACUCAAAGACUCUGCACAAGAAAAAAGAGAAAUGAGAAGUCAAGCUCAGGAGGACCCUGAUGUUGCACAGAAUGUCAUGGACAUUGAAGCAAGAAUAACAAAUCCUUGUCCUAGGGUCACUGUUACUGGAGGUAUGCCAGUGAUGGCAGAUCAUGUCGAGAAUUUUGAUUCAAUUGCAGUUGGUGACAUGGUUGCUGUUUAUUGUCCAGAGUAUGAGGAAAUACCUCAAAUUGGCAAAGUGAACAGCAGAGAUGAUGAUAAGUUCACCAUUCACUGGUAUAAAGGUUCCUGGAGAACAGCCUGGAAGCCAUUUUUCCUAUUCAAGGGCAGGCAGAAGGUUCCUUAUGUCGAUGAGGAACCUAUUGAAGCAGCGAUUUACUGGGGGUUUUCCCUCAAUGGAAGAAGUAUGCUGAGCAGAGAAACCCAAAGUAUUUUACAAGACAAAUACAAGGCUGUCAUUGCUGCACUGACAGAUUGAUAUAAAACAUUGUCUCUGCAAAACAUCCUUAAACAUAAACCAACUUGUCACAGCUUAAGUUCUUCACAGAGUUAAACAAAGACACUCCUAGAACACUUUUUCCCUAUGCACAAUUACAUUACUUUUAGUACUCUCGAUCAUCUUGUGAAAGAAAUGCAAAUUUACACCUUAACUUGGCAAAUACAAAUAUUUACUUGUAAGAAAUUCCAAUAACGACAUUGCAAGAUCAAGAGAUUAUCAAAAAUAAACACUGUUAUUACUGUUAUUAUUGUCGUAGUUAUCCGAAUAACAGCCCAAGGGUCUGAACAUGAAAAUUACAAAAAAAUAGGGAUGACUUAUGCCUGCUAAACUGUUUCGGUGUUGCCGCUAAAAAAUUUCAAAACCAGCGAUUUUAAUGAGGAAUUAUUGCAACAUCUUGAUGUUAUCUUUUUUAAUAAGGUUACCCCCCCCCCCUAGAUCUUGCACACUGUUUUAAAAUCACUGAUAUUAUUUAUUCCAAAAUAUCAUCUGUUAUGCCAGCGUUUGCAAGGAUAUCACCUCAACAUCUUUAUUGUAUCGAAUUUGGGGGUGGGCGUUUACCCCAACAUGGCCUGUACCCAAAUAACCACAGUUAUUGUGCAUUGGGAAGAAGAUGUCCUGGUGGUGUUUUGUUUGGCGUGGUAGAGAACUCCAGCUGUGAUAUGUUUCCAUUAUAUGAAAUGUACUUUUGAGAUGUGCUUUUUCUCAAAGUUUGUUGCUAAUUAUUAUCAUGUAGUAUAUUUGAACUGGUUCUUAUCUCCUUGAAACUGACGCAUUGACAACAAAAAGUGAACAAUUUGUUCAUUGCUACAGUGAAGAAACUAAUUUUUAGCUCCGCUGUCGACUUUGUCGAGCGGAGCUUAUCAUAUGAGUGAUUGUCAGUUGUCGUCCAUGUCAAUGUUUUACUUUUUCGACUUCUUCUUGAAAACUACAAGCCUAAAUGCUUUGAAACUUGGUGUAUAUGU